CGAGCAUAAUCCAAAAGCAGCCACACAUUUCGAACAUUCUCCACACUCCACACCUCACACACAUUACUCAACUACCUGCGUUUCCAAACUUCAACUCAUACUUGCACUCGCAACAUUCGAACCUCUCUAUCAAUCAACCAUGUCCUCUCCCGUUGUUCUCGCUGCUCGCGACACCAAUGUCCAGCUCGCUAAGCCUACCAACGCAACCGAGAACGAGAAGCCUAAGAGCCUUGAGUACCAUCGCCAAAUGCUCGAGUCGCGCUUGAAGGAUGACCAGCCUGCGCAAUAUGUCUCGCCUUCCGACGAGAUCAUGUCGCCCGCUACCCAGAAGCUGAAUGCGUUCCGCAACAAGCACGCUAUGAAGAAAUCGAAGCCACAGACGCUGUUUAAGAAGACCAGCACCAAGAACUUCGAGUCCAGCAAAGCUUCGGGAGCCGCCAUGUUCGCCGACAUCCCAAAGAAUGCUCCUCAGAAAGCGGCAGAAGAGGACAAGAUGUGAUGAGCGUCGACUUUCGCCAUUGCAAGGCCAUGUCGCUUGCACUUUUUAGCGAGCUGACUGACUCAUUGUUUCUUAACCCUUCUCUCCGAUACCCAUGUUUAUAUUAACGACACUUCAUUCUUGGGGAGGGUGUUCGAUUCCUCGGUCGGGGGACGGCACGACGGUUUGGGCUAGGAUUAUUGCAAAUGCAAAGGUACCCUUGGAGUUUAUGGUAAUACGGUCGCCAGGCUGGCAGGCUUUUGUAAAAUAGUUUAAUGGAACGGAAAUGAAUUGGAAAUGCGU